AUGUUUUCCUCUCCCGGUAUCAAGCCACGGGAGCAUGUGGACAUGAUGUACAUCUCCAUCGAGACAGCCAUCGCCCUGGCCUCUGUGCUGGGCAACGUGCUGGUGGUGCUGGUGGUUUGUGUAAACCGCGCCCUGAGGGACACCACGUUCUGCUUUAUCGUGUCUCUGGCGGUGGCCGAUAUUGCUGUGGGAGCCCUGGUCAUCCCCCUGGCUAUAGUGAUCAGUCUGGGGCUGAAGACUCAGUUCUACACCUGCCUCUUCCUCUCCUGUCUGCUCCUCAUCAUCACCCAAGGCUCCAUCCUGUCUCUAAUGGCCAUCGCCAUCGACCGCUACCUCCGGGUCAAGAUUCCCAUCAAGUACAGCAUCAUCGUGACCCAGAACAGGGCAUGGGUGGCAGUGUUCCUGUGCUGGCUCCUCUCUGCCCUGACCGGGCUGGUGCCAAUGUUGGGCUGGCACAACGAGCACAGUCAAGGUAACCUCAGCACCACCAGCGAUGACAUAAUAGUUUGCAAGUUUACCACGGUCAUGCGCAUGGACUACAUGGUCUACUUCAACUUCUUCGGCUGGGUGGUGGUUCCUCUGACCAUCAUGAUUGCGCUGUAUGCUGAGAUCUUCAGGGUGAUCCGGAAGCAGCUCAACAUGCGUGCCGAGGCCACCUGCGACACAAGCAAGUACUUGCACAAGGAGCUAAAGCUAGCCAAGUCCCUGGCGCUAGUCGUCUUCUUAUUCGCUCUGUGCUGGCUGCCCCUGCAUGUCAUGAACUGCAUCCUCUUCUUCUGCCCGGAGUGUGGGAUGCCCAAGAGCGCCAUGUACGUGGGCAUCUUUAUGUCCCAUGUCAACUCUGCCGUCAACCCGCUGGUCUAUGCCUUCCGGAUACAGCGGUUCCGCGCCACGCUAGUCCAAAUUGCCCGCCGCUGCAUGCUGUGCAAACAAACGGAGACCAGCCCCUGCCCCAACCAGCCCAGCCCGCCACCCCUGUCUGAGAAAACUCCAGUCCACCCGUAGCCAGGACCUGCCCUGUUUCUAUGCUUUUCCUGCAGAAUAGUUGUGUCAAAGAAGUAGCCGUAGUGCAAUAAUGAUUAGACUUGUGUAAUGCAACGUGUGUGAGACAUCCAGGAUGAAGGAAACAGCAUGUGGACUGCAGUCUAUUUUGUAAUGGCCCCCAAUUAGUGGAAUGAACGCAAAAGAAAGAGCACUUCACUGAAUUAUGGAAACUAAAUCAAUUUACAUUUGAAAUAGGCCCCUCCUGGGAAAGACAAUCCAGGAAACAGGAAGACUUUAAAUAAGAAUUAGCCCAGCCCAUAUCUGUUAUUUCACUCACUGACGCCAGCUGCAAUUCAUAUUGAACAAUUUGCUUUAUAACGAGAUCCUUGUCAAACUGCCCUGUAGCACACUAACACACCCUUGGACUCCUUCAUACAAAUGGCUUGCUUCUAAAUUUGAAUCAUACAACAAACAUGUAUGCCUUCUGUGGUAUUCUGUGUCAAUCUGAGGUAUGAUAUUUGGACCAUUAUUGUUUUUAUGAAAUUGUCUAUGAAAAUGAUAAUCCUCUUUCAGCUUUAUUGCCAAGCUAGUGGUAUGUAUAUUGUAACAAAAAUAACGAUUUACAAGAGUUGGUUCAAUACUACUGUGAAAUCCCAUGAAGAUCACUCAAUAUGCCUAUUUCCGUUUUACAGUCAAGCUAUUGUCCAUCAAGAUCCACAAAGGAAAUGUUCUGUAAACCAAGCUCCAACGAUUAUUCUAAAGAAGAAUGCUGUUUGCAGGUAAAAAUGCUUUGUUUGAGAAGACAGAUCUCUAGUAUUUUCUACUGAUCUUGGUUGUGCCAUAAUUUUCAUAACACUGACAGGGUGUUGGAAAAGGCUCCGGGCAUCUGAGUGAGCCCGAUUUAAUUCCAGAGUGAAUUAAUUACAUGCAGUAUAUUAUGGCUGUGUGAUUUAUACAACCCUGGAAAACCUUUAUGCAAGCCAUGCAAGCCUUUGUCAGUUCUGCUUUGUCAUCAACUUGACCCUCACAAGGUACUUCUGUAUAACUGAUACACAUGGGGGUAGGGGUAGGAAAGAGAGUCUAGGGAUAUUGUAUUUGCAUUAAAAGUUAAUAAAAAAUAAUAUCCUACUAAUUACACACUAGCUAAAUUGCUUGACAAUCUGCUUCAUCAGCAUUGUUUUAUAUGGCUAUCAGAGUAUGGGAUUUUUUGAGAUUCUGAUUUUACCUCCAAAUGUUUCCUAAAAGUAGAGAUACUGAAAGCAUGCACUGUCCUUGUUUAUUAUGUACUUCUACAUAAUCUUUAUUACAAAGUAUAAACACAUCUGUGACUGAGGAGCAUGCCAAACGUGGGCAACCCACCACUUGGCAAAACACACCUCAGAAACCAAUCAAUCCUGAGCCCAAAGGUGGUUAGCACCUGACCCCACUGAUACAGAGAGUGAAGUGGUGGACUCAUGUAAAGAGAUGGCUCAGAUCCUGCAUGGAACUGUUAGAAAUGGACUGGACAUGGGGGAGGUGACUGAUGCAAGGGCUUGUGCAAUUUGCUCCUGUCAAUCAUGCUGUCUGUGAAAGAGGAGACUAACCUGAUUGACAAAAGCCAGUUUUCCAUGUUCAUUCUCUCUCUCUCU